UCUCAGCUCCUUGGGAGGCUGAGGUGGGAGAAUCACUUGAACCUGGGAGGUGGAGGUUACAGGGAGCUGAGGUCACACCACUGCACUCCAGCUUGGGCGACAGGGCAAGACUCCAUCUCAAAAAAAAAAAAAAAAAAAAAAAAGGCUUUUGCAGACGCUGCCGCUGCCAGGAGCCCUGUAGUAUCAGCCAUGGUCAGUCCCAUGGUGUUCUUCAACAUUGCCAUCAAUGGUGAGCCCUUGGGCUGCGUCUCCUUUGAGCUGUUUGCAGACAAGCUUCCAAAGACAGCAGAAAACCUUCGUGUUCUGGGCAUGGGAGAGAAAGGAUUUAGUUGUAAGGGCUCCUGCUUUCACAGAAUUAUUCCAGGGUUCAUGUGUCAGGGUGGUGACUUCACACACCAUAAUGGCACUGGUGGCAAGUCCAUCUAUGGGGAGAAAUUUGAUGAUGAGAACUUCAUCCUAAAGCAUACAGGUCCUAGCAUCUUGUCCAUGGCAAAUGCUGGACCCAACACAAACGGUUCCCAGUUUUUCAUCUGCACUGCCAGGAAUGAGUGGUUGGAUGGCAAGCAUGUGGUCUUUGGCAAGAUGAAAGAAGGCAUAAAUAUUGUGGAGGCUAUGGGGCGCUUUGGGUCCAGGAAUGGUAAGACCAGCAAGAAAAUCACCAUUGCUGACUGGACAACUUGAAUAAGUUUGACUUGUGUUUUAUCUUAACCACCAGACCAUUCCUUUUGUAGCUCAGGAGAGCACCCUCCACCCCAUUCGCUCGCAGUAUCCUAGAAUCUUUGUGCUCUUGCUGCAGUUCCCUUUGGGUUCCAUGUUUUCCUUGUUCCCUAUGCCUAACUGAAUUGAAGAGUUGAGUUAAGUUUAUGAUUAUGAAAUUAAAACUAAAUAACUAUAAAAAGUUAGCCCCAUUUUGGGGUGGUGGUGGCAGAUGCUAAGGGGCAGCAUCAAGCAGUGAUUAGGAUAAGCAUCAAGUCAGGAAAUGGAUUCCCAUGUACUCACUACUCUUCCCUGUCCAGCUUAUUGUUGAAUGUAGAGUCCAGUUUUCUGUGUGCUAGAAAUUUCAUCUCGAAUCUUUUUUUGAAAGAUACUGAUCAUAAAGAGGAAAAAAAAAGAAUUGGGAAAGAAGGAGGCAAGGAAAGGAAAAGAAAAAGAAUUAACAGAAAAAGUGCAGCCAGGCGCGGUGGCUCGUACCUAUAAUCCCAGCACUUUGGGAGGCCAAGAUGGGUGGAUCACUUGAGACCAGGAGUUCAAGACCAGCCUGGCUAACAUGGUGAAACCCUGUCUCUACUAAAAAUACAAAAAUUAGCUGGGAGUGGUGGUGCACACCUGUAAUCCCAGCUACUCGGGAGGCUGAGGCAUGAGAAAGGCUUGAACACGGGAGGCGGAGGCUGCAGUGAGCCAAGAUCGAGCCACUGCACUCCAACCUGGGCAACAAAGUAAGACUCUGUCAAAAAAAACCCAAAAUACAAAAAACAAAAACAGUGGGUGAACUCUGUCAUCCUCAUUGAUUCUAAAGUAGAUAGGACGGGUAUUAUUGGCCCAUUUUACAGAUUUGGAAGACAGGUGAUUUGCCUAGGAUCAUUGGUGAGCUGAUGAUAGGACCAGGACAAGAAGCUGGCUCUUCUGCCUCUUCCUGGUCUGGCACAUGCUGGAUGGCAGCUCCUGCCUGAACUUGAUAAACUGCCCUGUACAGUAGCCAUGAGGUGAGAGAAGCAGCCUGCUACGAUGGCCUCCCUCUCUGCAGCCUCCGUAGAGACAGGGACUACCUGUCAGCCGUCUUUUUGAAAGAGAUUAAUUCAGGAGAAUCUCUUGAAAGCAGAAUGUGACUCAGAAAAAUGAUUCUUCUGACGUCAGUAAUAAGAACCCCUCCCUGCACACAUACAGUCUUUGAGUAUUCAGACUUUUUGGAAAAAGCAUAAACAGCCUUUGGGUAUACGCUAAAUUUUUGGACUGCUGAACUUGUCUUUUAUAUCACUCUACCAUUACUUCAGGCAUGAAAAUGGCUUUGGCAUCUUCUCUGAUUACUGAUUCAUCCUGAGCUGUUUUAAUAUUCUUGAGAAUAGUUUUAGCAUCCUGGGCACAGUCUCCGAUUCUAGCUGCUUAUGUCCAAAUCCCAACUGUACUCCUUGUUAGCAGAGUGACUUUGGGCAAUUUCUUUAACUUCUCACCUUUUCUCUAACUGCUUCAUCUUUAAAAUGGAGAUGAUGAUGGUCCCUGUCCUAGAGGGUUAUAAGAAAUCAAUGAGGGAAUCUUUGUUCAAUGCCUGCAGAGAGUGAGCCCUCAGUCAAUGUGAGCUAUGAACAAUAAUGAGGCCAUUUUUUUUCUCUCUCUCUCUCUUUCUCUCUUUCUUUCUUUCUUUUUCUUUUUGCAGUUUAUGAAGCUUUGCAGUUUAUGAAGUUUAUAGGACCCAUGAUUUGGGCUUAUAAUUGAAUAUCAUUGGAGUACAAGUUCAAGGAAAAUGACAAACAUUACUUUUUUCCUGUGCCUUUCUAGAUAAAGUCUAGAAGUUUCUUGAUUACAUGAGUUUUUUCAUAUAAAAAGAAUAAUUAGAAGCAGAAUGCACUUAGGGACCCUAUGUAAUAGGGGUUGAUAACAGAAAAGCUCAUGAAGUUUCAUUUCCAGUCACAAAAAUAAUUUCAUGGGACCCACCUGGAAAUUAUAAGCAGAAAUUGGAAUGAAUAGUAGCACGGAGGACGUAGUUGUGUGCU